CAAGACCCGUGACGUCAUAGUAAGUCGACGCUUUGCUGUUUGGCGGACAUAAACCACGAAUCUCAACAAAAACAUUUUAAAUUAAAAUCGAAAAGAAAAUAAACUCUACAAACUGAUCUGAGUGGAGAUUAUGUCCGCUGACAUACACCGCGUUCUCGGCUAAUCGCCUCAGCUAGCUGUUAGCUGGUCGGUUUCCUUCAUGUGUCGCGCCACCUAGCGGUCAAAGUCACCUACGUCAAGCUGAUCAGGAGUUACCAUGCUGGGUCUGAGGGUGAUGGCAAGCUGCUCUGGCCUCCUGCAGCCCCUCUUGCUGUAUUCCCCAGUACGGUGCGUCUGUUCUGCUGCAUUUGUUAGGAUUUCUCUCUCCCCUCAUUACUUUGGUGCCACGCAACUGGAUACUGCUGUUUCAUCUGCCCGCUGUCACUCAGUGAGUGUCAGAAAGGCUUCAGGCAGCGGAGCAUCCGGCUGGACUGGUGCAUUUGCAGACUCGCCACCAGUGCACCUGGCUGAGCAGUUCCUUGUGGGCAUACAGCAGGUGACUGGUGUGCCAUGGUGGCUGAGUAUUGUGGUCAGCACGCUGUCCAUCAGGACUUUGAUUACUCUACCACUGGCUGCCUAUCAGAUGGUCAUCAUUGCUAAGGUGGAGGCACUGCAGGUUGAGAUUUCAGAGUUGGCCAAGCGUCUUCAUUAUGAGGUUUCAGUCCGAGGGCAAGAGCAAGGAUGGACACAGAAAGAGAGCAGCUUCCAUUUUCAGAAGAACCUGCGUCGCAUCGUAUCUCAGCUCUACAUUAGAGAUAACUGUCAUCCCUUCAAAGCCAGCCUGCUGGUCUGGGUUCAGCUGCCACUGUGGUUUAGCUUCUCUCUGGCCCUCCGAAACCUGAGCACCCAAAUGUGUGCCCUGCAGGCUGAGCUCGCAGCAGGAGGCGCUCUGUGGUUUCCUGAUCUGACCAUACCUGACUCCACCUGGAUUCUCCCUGUUUCUCUAGGACUCAUCAACUUUCUCAUAAUUGAGAUCUUUUCUCUUCAGAAAGUCAAUCCAACUCGUCUCCAGAGGAUUGUUACAAACUUCAUGAGAGGAUUUUCACUCCUCAUGAUUCCUGUUGCUGCUACAGUUCCAUCGUCCAUGGCUCUUUACUGGGUUACCUCCAGUCUGGUGGGACUUAGUCACAAUCUCCUCCUCCGCUCUCCCACCAUCCAGAAGUUUCUUCGCCUCCCGACGUGCCGGUCCAGUUUCCCAUACAGAGACCUGUUCGCUGCCUUCGUGGUGAAGUAUCUGAGAAGAACACGGACCUCCUGAGUACCCGUGCCAGUUCAGCCAAUCACAAACAUAAGACUGGCAUUACUGGUAAUCGAUUACUGAUCAUCAACCAGGCUAAACCAAUUAAUCAGCUAAUUCCGAAAAUGUCUUGGCAAGUGUAGUGUUUUUUUUUUUUUUCUCGAAUUUUACAUCCAGACUGUAAAGGUCUCAGGGCUUCUGUUCUCCCUCGAGGCCACUUGAACCAUAUCAAGAAUGAAUAAAGAAACUAUGAUAUACAUGCAGUAUUUCAAGUAUCAAUAC